AUGUCACCGGGAGUAACGACAAAUGCGAUUAUCGGGAGAACUAUCCCCGAUGAUCGUCUGGACUUCAUUUGGGUUCAGGCAAUAGAUCAAUAUCUGAAAACGAUUCCCCGGGAAAAGUUGAAACAGGUCAAGUCCAUUAACAGCGAGCACAGCUUCUUGGAACUGUCGAGAAAGCUGAAAGAUAGAUAUGCGACGCAUGAGGUGACACAGCUCGUCCAGCGCGUUAGCCCGUUUCUUACGAGACUGCAUUCCUUCUCGGAAGUGAUACGCACGUUCAUCAAUGCCAAUCCCGAAAUUGCAUCUCUGGUCUGGGGAUCUGUGUUUCUCGUCUUAGAGGUGCGUAUCGCCUAUCCUUACCCGCACUCACCCUGUUCCACCGCUGAUCGUAUGGCUCCCACACUCAGCUUGCUUCUCGUCACGCCAAAAACCUGGAACGGAUCGUUACAACCUUCGAAUUGUGUGAUAGACACACAGCCCGCUUUCACCACUAUAUCACAAGAUUUGGACCUCAAGAGCCAACUCACCGCCUCCAGAAAGCCUUGGUUGAGUAUUACAACCAGAAUAGCCCGCAUUCGAGAUCUCAUAUCUGAAGUGGACCAAGAAGCUCUGGUCACCGGCGCUGAGGUCCAAGAGGUUCGACGAAACCUGCAACAUCACGAACUCUUGCACCAGAUCAAUGUUCGAGCAUCAACACUCCACGAUACUCUCAGCGUCUUGAACAAAAGCACCAUGUUCCUAGGCCAGCUACCGAUCCAUGUCAUGCCUUUGGCCCGGAACCCGACCUUCUUUGGCAGAAAAGAGCAGCUCGAUCGGUUAGAAACGAUACUUCAGCCGUCCAGCAAAGCGGACGAACUUCUAGUCUGCACCAUUUGUGGGCUUGGAGGAGCUGGCAAGACUCAGUUAGCGUUGGAAUAUGCGUAUCGAAACCUCGACAAUUAUCCCGUCGUCUUCUGGAUCAACGCUGAGACAUCACUGAAACUGGCCGAAUCUUUCUCAGCUCUUGCACAUCAGGUCGGCUUGGUCGAUGACAGUGUGCAGAAUCCGAACCAGCUUCGCGAUAUCGUCCUACGGCGGCUAGGAAGUUCUAGCAAGCGAAGUGAUCCUGGUCGAUCCAUAUCCUGGCUUUUGAUAUUCGACAAUGUUGGAGAAUGGCAAACCCUCGAGCCUUACUGGCCUAAGGCUGCCUUUGGAAGCGUGAUCGUGACGUCUCGAAACCCUUGCCUUGCAUGGAGGCUCUCAACAUCUUCCAGACAAAUCCAUAUCUCCUCCUUUUCGGAGAAAGAGGGUCACCGGUUCCUCCUGAGUCUGGCUGGUCAAAACCCUGGUCUGAAUUUGACAGAACAUGACACCGGCGCAGCCAUCAACAUUAGCAAUGCACUUGCUCAUCUACCCUUGACUCUUGACCUUGUCGGAUCAUAUGUAGCGUCUGCUGGCAUAUCAUUGACGAGGUUUUACGAAACCAACCCGGGACUCGAUCGAGACUUUGUGUUCGAUGAAGAGGCAUAUAACUGGACCGGAAACACAUAUCAUACUUCCUUACGCACGACAUGA